AUGGCCGUGUCUGUGCAAUCCCAAAUCCCGCGCACGCCGCGCGUUAUCAGCCCGUCGCCCACUCCUUCAGAAAAUGGCAGCGCGAGCGGUUACUUCACCCGUUCAGCCGCCCGCCGCAUGAACAGCAACCGCGAAGUCGUUUCGCCCCCAGCAAUCGACGAGAACGACAGCAGCUCGGGCUCCGAUGAGCUUGGCAGGCGCCCGCGCCUGCGCAGCAGAAGCCCUGUCAAGAAGAGGUUAAACGACGCUGCGGUUGCGCAAGCGGCAGGCAGGAACAAGAAGGACCUUUCGCUGCCAAACGGCGCGGCAAACGGUCACCUUUCGCCGCACACUGCCAGUUCGAACAAGGAGUACUGGCGCAGUCUCAGUCGGAGCCCAAGCCCGCUCGGCCUGAUCCCCAUCCACCAGGAAUGGCGCUCAUUUAUUCACCGACACGAAAUCCCUCGCAAGAUCCUCCACACUUCCAUCGGCUUCCUCACUCUCGGGCUCUACGCCUCGUAUGCGCAACCAACCCAGAUCCACCCCGUUCUGCUCUCGCUCUUCAUCCCGAUCUUCACAACUGAUAUCAUACGGCACCGUUAUCCUGCGUUCAACCGCUUCUACAUUCGAUGUUUGGGUGCCUUGAUGCGCGAGUCUGAGGUCGACGGCUGGAACGGCGUUAUCUGGUAUCUUUUGGGCGCUUGGGCGGCUCUCCGCUUCUUUCCCAAGGACAUUGGCGUCAUGGCCGUGAUGCUGCUGAGCUGGUGUGACACGGCUGCCAGCACUGCCGGCAGGAGGUGGGGCAGGUACACUCCCAAGGUACGCCAGGGAAAGAGCUUGGCUGGCAGUUUGGCAGCCGUUGUGAUGGGUGUGAUCACCGCCGCCGCGUUCUAUGGCUGGAUCGCGCCCGGUGUGGAAUCCCAGAACCCUACCAUCAAUUCCGGGGACUUUGCGUUCGCGUUCCAGGGCCAACUAGGCCUGCCUACCGCGGUUAAGGACUUCCUCGGAUGGACCAAGGACCAGGGCACCAUUACCGGCAACCUGGCUCUCGGCACCAUGAGUGUCGUGGCCGGUGUUGUGGCUAGCGUUAGCGAGGCCAUCGACCUGUUCGGCUGGGACGAUAACGUUACCAUCCCCAUUCUCUGCGCCGGUGGACUAUGGGGCUUCCUCAAGGUUUUUGGAUGCGCAUGA